AUGCAAACACGUUCAAUGGCUCGUGGUCAGCAGAAGAACAAGGAACAAACAAGCAAUGCUGAAUCACAUCCUUUGGCGGCUAAUGGUGAAAAUUUCGACGACAAUGAGUCCGCGUUCCGAGGGGCUUGGCAGCCUCCAAUGCCGACUAUCAAUGUUGAAAAUGUUAUGCUUCGUUCUCAAGUGUUGAAUCAAGUUUGCAACGAAUUUGGAUUAAAAUAUCAUUCGUUAAUAGAUAAUAUGUGUUUUAUGGAAACAUAUUAUAUUUCUUCCAAAGCAACAUCAACUAGGCUUACAUUAAAUAUUAAUCAAACAUUUAAUGGAGAAAUUGUUAAAUUUCAAUAUACUUGUAGCGAAAGUGGAAAUAUUUUAAACUUUCAUUGGCCAUUUUGCAAUUUAAGUUUUGUUUGGGCAUUUAGAGGAAUUUGUGUAGAAGCAUUUUUUCCAACAAUAAGAGAACAAUUUGGCCAUCCACAAAUUGAAGAACCAAAUGAUGAAGAAUUUGCAUGCCAAAGUGCUGAAAAGAACUUUUCAAUUUUUGAUGUUCACAAUGAAUUGAGAUUGGAUGAAUUAGCCAAUGACUUGAUGCUUAUUUAUUUGCAAAAAUUGUAUGUAGAGUUUAUUGUUUUAUGA